AGGGCCGGCCAUGCAGAGGGAUCCCGGUUCGCGCCGGGGGCGGGACCGGGCCCGGGGCCAGCGGCGGCCCCCGACUUGGGAGAUCUCGGACUUGGACACCGAGGAGGCCGGCGGAGCAGGGGCGGCGGGGGCGGGGGCGCGGGCCUCGGCGGAGGGGCGUGGAGCGGCGGCCGAGGCGCUGAGGCCCGAGCAGGCUCUACCGCGCCUCGCGAUGCCUGAGGAUCCAGCCUUCCUGGAAGAUGCUGGUGCCGACGUCCUGAUGGAGGCCUUGUGGGCCCUGGGCUGCGAGCUCUGCAUCGAGCCCCAGCGCCCGGCCCGGAGCCUGCAGUGGAGCAGAGCGAGGCCCGGCCCCUGCCCCCGCGGUGUGCCUCCUGAGGUGUGGGCUUCGGAUGAGGAGGAGCUGCUGCUGCUGCUGGAGCCAGAGGAGUUCCUGCAAGGCGUUAGCCAGCUGACCCAGCAAACUGGCCAUGGCCUGGUGACCGAGGGCCCUUCCGCCACAGCCCUGACAAACAAGCAAGCUGUGUGUUCUCGCCUUCACAUCUCAGGCCCAACCUGCUCGGUGCCCUGGACUUCUCCCAAGAGCCCUGCUCUCCUGCACCUGGCCGUCAUCAGGCUGGAUGCCUACCUGUGGUCUCACCCGCUCAUUGCCCGAGGCAUGCAGAAACCAGAAAAUCCAGAGGUGGCCCAUGCGGAGGUGGCCGUCGGCUGGCCUGAGGUGGAGGAGGCUCUGGUACUUCUGCAGCUCUGGGCAGACCUGGACGUGCUGCUGGUGGACUCCUGGCAGGAGCUGAGUCAGCACGUGUGUGCCUUCACCAAAGCUUUCACCCAGCGCCCUUUCAGGCAAUACCAGGAAUCCCAGGCCUUUUCCUUCUGCACCGCAGGGCACUGGGCAGGAGGCAAGCCAGUGGCCAGAGAUGGCAGAGGGCUGUGGGGGGCCUGACAGAGGCAGAUCAGGCAGUUCAGUCGGGUCAGCGCAGCUGUGGCUGAUGCCAUUGUUACCGCCUUCCCUUUCCCCCAUCUUCUGUAGCAGGCUUUUGCGGCCUGCAGCACGGAGCAGGAGUGCCUAGGCCUCCUGGCUGACCUCCCUGUGAAGGCUGGUGAGGGCAUGUGGCCCCACAGGGUGGGACCUGACCUCUCCUGCUGCAUCUGCCUCUUCCUGACCACUGCCAACCCUGACCUUCUGCUGGACCUGGGUUCCUGA